UCAGUUUGUGUAUAACUCGGCAUAUUAACCAAUACUCAAUCUUAAGAAAUAUUUUUACAAGCUUAUAUCAAUUAUACUUUUGAGAUGUCAAGAAGUUGAGGAUGUAGAAGGCUAAAUGGCAAGUGGCUCUUGAUGACCCGAGGCGACGGAAUUCUCUCGAUGACGUUCACUUUGGGCACCAUCACAUGCACUUCCGGCGGAGCACUCUGCAAUGAGGCUAUGCGAGACGCCCUUUCAUGUAAAAAAAAAUUUGAAUGGUUUAAUUUAAUUUGCGCGCGUAAAAUAAAAAUAGUUUCCUAUAAUCGAUUCAAAUCGUUUGAAAUUUUGGCGGUUUUUUUAAAUAAUAAUCAAACUGACUCGAGGUAUGGAGAACGGAUAAACAAUGGAUUUCUCCGGGCGACUUCUACGUUGCAAUUGUUGGCCACCAUCCAAACUAGUUCUUGAGUCCAUGUCGUCCCUUUAAUUUUGGAAAUGUCAGCAUCCAGACGUCAUCUUUGCGCGGUUGGAAGUAGAAGAAUUCGUGAGCGUGAUGGCCGAACUCUUGAGAAAUGACGAAUCCUCCCGGUUCGCUGCGGGCAACGCCUCCUGCGUAGUGAGGGAAAUGGUCGGUGAACGGGCCAGCGAGCUUUGAUUGCGUGAUCAAAUUGAAUUUCACUCGGUGCGCCGAUUUCGAAUGCCGUCGCUUGUGACCUUCUACUCCCACGUCCGCCAUCUCACCAAGUGGUGGACAACAUGGACGAUUCACAGCGCGGGCUCAACCGCUGGCGUACGAGUCAAAUAUAAAAUUGCCUAUUUGUUUUCUCAUCUACGCGCAGUUCAAAGUCCCAACAGGUUUUCGAGGACGACGGCGGGAACGAGAUAAAAACGUGCGCCCAUUCUAUCGCACAACGAGAGUGCGCAUCAAUAUAAGAGCGGCGACAGGCCGUACCCUGUGCUCAUUAGUGUCAGUUGUGGUUAUCUUUGAUAUUUGAAAAAAAAAAGUCAUUGGAUUUUCAGAUAGUGUAUAUGUACCUUUCACAGGUGUAGUGGGACACUCGAUAGAUUAAGAGUGAGUCUAGCUAUAUAACGGUACAAGCAUAUAGCCAAAUUUCGAUUUCAAAAGGGAAAAACUAAAUGGGCCAGCACCGAAAUGAAUUCAAUCUUCUAAUAGCUUUAGAAAUUUCAAUGGUCUAUCUUUUUACUUCAUCUUGCGCAUGAGUGCGCAUAUGUUAAGACGUUUGCAGUAUUUGUCGACGUGUAUCGGUGAUUUACUGCUCAUUCAUUUCACGUCUGGAAGGAAGAGAACGACUCUGUUUGACAGCAAUAAUGUUCAGAAACGGUCGACGGACAAUAUCCAAGGGUUGUAGUCAAUGGGACUCGACUCCUUUUGUUCAUUUGAACCCGGGAGGUGUGACGUGUGGUGUGGUGAAUCAAUUUGAGAAAUGCUAUUCUUUAAAUUCGUCACUUGUCUACAGCUAGCGCUCUAUUUGAUGUUUGGCGCUCUUCUCUACUUCCCGGUGCGACUGGCCAAUAUCAAGAUGGAAAUUGUCAAUCUGAUUGCGUCAAAAUUGACUACCAGUGCAAGCGUUGCUCCGGUUGGAACUCAUCCAAUCAUGGCGGAAUCGAUCGAAAUAGCUGCAGCUGAAAUUCAAGCUGACGAAGAGGUGUUGAUAAGCGGAAUUAUUCCAACCGCAAUUAUGCUUCGCCCAUUGACAAUUUGCAGCACAAAUGGCUGUGGGACUUGUGAAAAUCAAACGAGUGAAGGUGGAAUUAUUUCUUCUCCCGAUUAUCCAGAAGACUAUGGCAACGACCGCGCUUGCGUUUACACCAUUCGAGUGGCAAGCGAUCAGAAAAUUCAACUGUCUUUUACUGUGUUCCACGUCGAAUUGCAUUACGACUGGAUUGACAUUUAUGAUGGAAUAACACCGUCUCAGAUUUCACCGAACAUUACGCUGGGUUUCUCUUUAACCGGAUACGACUUAUUACCGAUAGAGAGGAAUUCUACUUUGAACGUGAUGACGAUUCACUUUGUAUCGGAUCACGAUAAUUCCGAGCUUCCAAUCGGGGAAAUUGCUCGAUGGCAAGCGAAAUACACGGCGAUCUGAACCAAUUUGUGUGAAAAAUUGACAAGGCAAUUGAACAAAUUUCUAAUUUACUAUGACUACAUUUUUUUAGAUUAAUUAAAAAAACCUGCGUCAAUUGUCAAUUGGAUUUCCAAUAAAUACCAUAUAAGGCGAUAUAAGGAGUAUGCAUGGGCUGCAUCUAGUGUAUGAAAAAAAAUACCGUUAACAGAAGAAACAAUUUUGAACUUGAAACCAGAGAAAUAAAAUCAACAACGGCCAAACUGGAUGUAGUAU